AUGGCAAUGGCUCCAGGCUCUAAGAGAUUCACACUCACCUUUGUCCAGUACAUGGGAUCUGUCUGUUUCCUCCUCCAGAUCGUCUCUGUUGAGGCUGAUGGGAAGUUGUUCACAGUUGAAUCUAGAAACAGCUCUCAGGAUCUGGACCUAACCGCAGCUCAGAAAUUGUGUACUGACCUGGGCGCUCGCUUAGCCACUGCGGAGGAAUUGAGACGGGCUGUAGUGGACUGUUCUUUUGCCGCAUGCACCAGAGGUUGGCUGGCCGACGGUACCAUUAGGACAAUGGUGUGCAGUAAGACAGGCAGCAACCAGCAGAAUGUGAAAGCUAUCGAUGUUAACAUUGAAAAUGAUCCCUCUCCAAGUGGCAGAUACAAUGCAUUUUGUGUAAAAGAUGAAGACAAACCAUGUGGGGACCCCCCAUCCUUCCCUCACACGAUCCUGCAUGGUCACACUGGGUUUGAAAUGGGGGAUGAGCUGCUAUAUAUUUGUGCUCAGGGCUACGUCAUGGGAAACAAAGAGACUGCUUUUACGCUGCUCUGUGACAGCUGUGGGGAAUGGUACGGGCAAGUUCAGGCCUGUGUCAAAGAUGAGACUGAGGCACACAUUGACUAUGAAGAUAAUUUUCCCGAUGACAGGUCUAUGCCUGUGGCUGAGCAUGAGGAAGAGCAUGGCAAAGAGGAAGGCGAGGAGGAACAAGAGCAGGAGUUUUCCCACCCUAAAGAAACAGAGGCAGAAAAUGUUGGAAGCAGCAAAGAUGUUACUCAGGGUAUAGAUUCUACUGAGAAAGGAAGCAAGGCACCAACUGAAUCACCUGUGUCACUGCUGAGCCAAAAACACUUGUUUUGGUUCCCUGCAGAGUCUUUCAAUGAGCCUGAAUCUGACAAAGACACAAACGAUGCCACUAAAACACAAUUUUCUGAUGGCAACAACCACAUUGGAGUGAAAACCAUCUAUAAUGAACCUGGCAACAAAAUGAUUUAUGACAGCAAAGAUUUCCCCAUUGGACCUGUUCUUGUGAACAAUGAUACAAAGGCAAUGAAAGAUACAGUCACCAAUACUGAUGAAUCCUGGUUAGAUGGUUACCCUGUAACUCAGGAAGCAGUGGAGGAUGACGAAGAGGAAGAUAAGGUUGAUGGAUCAAUGGGAACAGAAGAUGACAUUAUCCUUACAACUGAUCAACCAAAUCAUGUUGAAGUUAGGAAAGCAGGCAACAGUAAUCCAGCUCCAGACAAGGAUUUAACACAGAUUGUGGCAGCCCCAACAAGGAUGCGUGAUUAUGGGAUCAAAGAAAUACCAUUAGUACUAACACCAACUAGUGCUCCCGAGAACGUGAGUGCUAGCAAGGGCUCUGAGGAUGUGAUCAGGUAUCACCCAACUACAUCUUUGGGAUUUGUGACUCAGGAGUCUACUACAACAACUACACAGCAUGACCGCCCUAACUUGAAAACUGCUACAUUGAAAACCUCUACAACAGUCAGUCCCAUUGACCACAUUCCAUAUCCAGAGACAGAAGAAACAACAGCAUACUCAACACAAGCAGCAUCCACUAUACCAACUCGGGAGGUCUUUACUAACUCAUUGUCUAAUGAAUUUCUUGAGCAAGAAAAUCUCACUUAUGGCACAGGAGAAAAACUUCUCCCCACUUCUGAACCUUGUGUAGGAGAGGAUUGUCCUAGCCCAAGUAAAGAUCCCAUGAUAGCUAUCAUUGUGAUUGUUCUAUGUUUGUUACUGUUUGCAUCGAUACUGGCGGUGUGGUGUUUCAAAAAACGGCAACAGAAGAGUUCUGUAUAUAAAUUGAACGGAAAAGGUCAGGCUAGACAUCCCCAUCACCACCAACAGAUUGAAAUGCAGAAAGUCUAA